AUGAUGAACACUGUUAAUGUCUUCUCCAAGUCUAAUGGCCUUAUUGUAAAUCCUUUGAAAUGCAAAUUGUUUUGUGGUAGUAUUAAUGAUGAGGCAAAAGAAGCAGUCAAGCAACUCACUAAUUUUGAACAAGGACAACUACCAGUGAAAUACCUUGGUGUCCCUUUAACCAAUAAAAGGCUGACCAUCAAUCACUAUCUUCCCCUUAUAGAGAAAAGGGUUGAGAGAAUUCGCCACUGGACAUCUAGACUCCUUAGCUAUGCUGGAAGAGUGCAACUCAUUCAAAGUGUGGCUUUUGCAAUUGCUCAAUAUUUGCUCCAAUGUCUCCCUCUUCCUAAAUUUGUGCUAAACAAAAUUGACUGUAUUUGUAGAACCUUUUUGUGGACAGGUAAUUCUGUUAUGGAUGACAUGAAAAGCAGUACUUGGUCUUGGGUUUUCCUGAACAUCAUGAAGCAACGACAAUAUAUCCCUCAACUUCAGCAGUUAUGGGAUAAGAUGGUGAGUAAUGACAAAUUCUCUAUGAAGUUAGUUUUUGAGUGUCUUGUGGGAAGCAUGGCUAAGGUUGAUUGGAGAUACCUAAUGAGACAUAACCCUGCUAGGCCGCGGGCUAUGAUUAUCCUCUGGAUGCUAUGUCAUGGAAGAUUGUCUACAAAGGAUCGUAUGUGCCGUUUUGGUUUCAUUCAAGAUAAUGCUUGCAGUCUUUGUCGUGAGAAUGAUGAAACUAUGCCUCAUCUAUUUUUUUCUUGUAGGAUCACACACACUAUAUGGAGCCACAUCUUAAAAUGGAUUGAAUGUCACCAUACUCCUUGUGCCUGGCAGGAUGAAUUGAAGUGGGUCACUGCUACUACUAGAAAAAAGGGAUGGAAAGCUAGACUUCUGAAGUUAGCUUUUACUGAGACAGUUUAUGGUAUAUGGCAUCUAAGGAAUUCCAUGAUUUUUGAUACUUUAGAUAGAAGUAACAAAUAG